AUGCCGAAGCAUGUUUUUCCGAGGCUUUUGAAGCAAACUCUGGAUAAUAUAGAAAAUAUGGGAAAAAAUUUGAAGUCCGGAUUUGAAGCAGCUGGGAUAUAUCCAAUUAAUGAAAAAAGAGUCUUAGAUAGAUUGCCUACACAGGAAGAUCCAGAAAUCCAUAAUAAUGCAUCUCAGCAAUGGUUAGAAACGUUUAAAAUGUAUCUCGAAGAUAUGCGAACAAAAGAAUGCAGCACAGCCCCGAAGAAAAAAAAGGUGGCAGUUAUUCCAGGUAAAGGUGUAACAGUAGAGGACUUAUCCGAAUCAUUAAAGACUAAGACGAAACGUAAUAAAACGAAAAAACAAAAAAAAAAGAUCGUCGAUAAUGAAAGCACUUCCUGCAGUGAUUUAGAAGAAUGGAGGGAAGCAGUUUUGAAUACUGCAAACUCAUCAUCCGAUGACAAUAAUGAGCUCGACACAGUGUUUUUUGAUGAUGUUCAUGACAUGUUUCCUGGUGAUGAUGAAAGAUCGGCGUCACCACGUAUAACUAACAUCCCACAUAAUGAGAACCAAGAAAAUGAAGAUCCACUCAAUGUAGACCAAUCGGUCUAUACUGACGAACAAUUUAAAGUUUCUGUACCUAGUGAUGGUGGUGCUAGUUGCUCUAAAGAUAUCGAUACAGAAAUUGUAAAUAAUUCGGAGAUUUCAACAGAUUCUUUUGUUGUUGUCGAAUUACUCUACAAUGAGAAUACGAAAAAACAAACUGAAAAGAAGUUUAUUGCUCAAGUUACGAACAUGGUUAGCGACGGAAAAGUGACCUGUCGCUUCAUGAGAUGUUUUUCAGCUACAAAGGGUAUUUACAUAUUUCCAGCAGUGGAUGACAUGAUGACAAUUGACACUUCUCGAAUAAUAAAUACAAUUAAGCCCACUCAAGUGAAAAGGGGAAAAUACAUUUUUAAUAUUAAUAUUUAA